AUGACUAAAAAUAGUGAUAGCAGUGAAGAACAAAAGGUACUUCCACCACCUUAUAAAUCAAUAUAUCCUGGAAUGCCCGAAUAUGACACCACGAAAAUGGAGAAGGAAAAUAUUGCUGAGAAAUUCGAGAAUUCAUUUCUGGAGUCAAAUGACAUAUCAAAAAUUAUAAAAGCUAUUGAUUUCGCGGCUCGACGUCAUCGUAAUCAACGUCGAAAAGAUAGCACGCAAACACCAUACGUCAACCAUUUAACUGGAGUUGCAUUUAUUUUGACAAAUGAAGCCAAUAUAACGGACACAGCAACGAUUGUAGCUGCAGUCUUGCAUGAUGUUGUCGAACAUACUAAAACAACUAUCGAUGAAGUUCGAGAGAUGUUUGGUGACGAAGUAGCUCACAUUGUGAAUGAAUGCACUCUGGAUAACGAUAAAAAACGUAAAGCAAAGUUCAUGGGUCAGCUAGAACGAGCAAAUAAAUUAUCCAAAAAAGCAAAGCUUGUAGAGCUAGCUGAUAAAUUGUACAAUUUACGUGACAUUGAACGUGCCACACCUGUAGGUUGGAGCAGCCACCACGUUAAGGAUUACGUUCAAUUUGCAAAGGACUUGUUGUCAAUCAUCAGAGGAAUCAAUGAUCCACUGGAAGUUGCCCUGGAUGACAUUAUCAAUAAAAUCGUCAAAUGA